AUGACAUCUCGUGUGUCGCGGUCUAAAGAGGCUGAGGAUGAUGUUGAUGUCGUGGGCGUUUUUCGGAAAACUGAUCUGGCCCCACCAGAAUUGCAGCGUGUUCAAAAAAUUGAUGCAGAGCUUGCUCUUAUUGAGGAGCAACUCGUGGAUCUGAGGAAACGGAAAUCACAACUUCAAAAGGAGCGCGCAGCAAUUUUUGCCGAGCAGCAGGAAAUACAACAGGUCAAUACAAAACGUGUAGACUAUAUCCACGAAAGGUUCCCGUGGUCCAAGGAGCUGUUGCGUAAGGCCCAAGAAGUGUUUGGUAUCCAAUCAUUUCGUAUGUGUCAAGAAGGAGUAUGCAAUGCCGUCCUGGAUCAACGUGAUGUCAUGGUCAUCAUGCCUACAGGUGCCGGUAAAUCAUUGUGCUAUCAGCUUCCUGCCAUGUUAUGCGAUGCAAUGGUAUUGGUAAUCUCUCCUCUGAUUGCUCUUAUGACAGACCAAGUUUUCCAUCUUCGUGAGCGUGGCAUCUCGUGUGCAUUGCUCUCCAGCAGUGUGCCUACCGAUGAAACACAAUCCAUUUUACACCAGGUUCGCGACGGGGUAGACGCGCCCAAAUUGCUUUAUGUGACGCCGGAACGUGUGGCUAAGUCCAAAUCGCUAUUAGCAGCGCUGCAAAAAGCCUACGAAGCGGGCCGUCUCGGUCGCAUCGUUGUCGACGAAGCGCAUUGCUGCAGUACCAUGGGCCAUGACUAUCGCCCUGAUUAUAACAAACUUUCUAUCUGUCGCAAACUGUUUCCUAACACACCAAUUAUGGGUCUCACUGCUACACUAGGACGUCAAGCUUUGCGUGACGUGUUGCAUAUUCUUGGUCUACGCGGAGUAACAGAACCUACCAGCGGAGUACCGCAUCGUACAGUUUAUUUCCGUGCACCGCUACAUCGACCGAACUUAAGAUACCAAGUUAAAGCACGUCCAUCUGGUAGCGUGGACAUGCAUUCCAUGCUGGCGGCCUACAUUCUUGAACAUCACCGUGACAAAUCAGGCAUUGUGUACUGCCUUAGUCGCAAGGAUACACAUACGAUUGCCGAAGCUUUGCAACAUAUUAGUCAUGGGCAAAUCCGUACUGGCGUGUAUCACUCCGAUUUGGAUGAGCAAGAAAAGCAUCAUGUUCACACGCAAUGGCGCACAGGAGGCAUCGCUGUAGUGUGCGCUACUAUCGCAUUUGGCAUGGGUAUUGACAAAGGCGAUGUGAGGUUUGUGUUGCAUGCAUGUAUACCGAAAUCGUUGGACGGGUACUACCAAGAAACAGGUCGUGCUGGACGCGAUGGUCAGCAGGCAGACUGUGUCUUAUUCUAUCGCCCUGCAGAUCUGAGCCGCGUAAGUGCAAUGACAGCUAGCGAUGUCGGUGGUCAAGAAAAGUUGUAUGCCAUGUUGGACUACGCCCAAUCGCCCGAGUGCCGUCGCGUAUUGUUUGGACGCUACUUUGAUGAGCCUGCGAUCGAACCCUGUGGCACGUGCGACAACUGCGAGCGAGGUCCACCUGCGGCGCAGCAGGUCGAUAUGACGUGGCCUGCGUGGCAAAUCGUCCAUGCCGCGCAUGAGAUGGACGUGAAUGGUGGACGGACAACGCUGACAGCGUUGGCCGAUGUUGUACGUGGUCUGCAGCAGGCGCAGUACAAAGUGGCAGACCAUCGUGGUCGUUCUUCUUCUGCCAAGAUGGCACUCGAUUUAGACGCCAUGGGUGGUCGCGUGUCGCUUUCUCGCGAGGACUGUGAGCGUGUCAUUGUGCAAUUGCUAUUGCAAAGUUAUUUAUCGGAGAGUUUUCAGGCCACAGCGUACACUGUCAAUGUGUAUAUUCGACCAGGAGCUCGCGCGCAGCAACUAUUACAAUAUACCCGACCUCAAGCCGAGACCCUUCAGGGCGUGAUUCAUGUCGUGCCUUUCCCAAGUGUGACGAAACGCGGCGCAAAGCGUGUCAAAACACAGCGAAGUUCAUCCGGCUAUACGGAAGAUAUCGAGCCUAUUACGAUAGAGUAA